GUGUACUAAAGUAAUUCUUGUGGCCGAACUCUGUGGAACGCCUUCCGUGCCACUAGAUUCCACUUCCGACGGCAAGAUCAAGAUCCCCAGCUCCCCCGCAGAGACUCUUCGAAGCUUUUCUAUGGUUUGCCUUGUGCGGGCUUCCUUCUCUCUUCGUCGUUCGAAAGGGGGGGGUUCAGCUCACGGGCUUGCUCCUUCACUUCAACCACACAUUGAGAUGGAAAGGCACCAGGAACGUUCUUGCACGAUGGAGUUCUUGGGUUCUUUCCCAUAUUCUUGCCCUUCUGUUCUCGAUCCGAUUCUCCUCAUCUGUCGUCCAGUCUCCCUCUCUGUGUGCUGGUUAGGACAGCAUCAUUCACCAUGGAAGCUCCACAAAGCUAUCCUGACCCGACAGAUUUCGAAGUCGCUACUACCUCGAAUUUUCUUGUGUAUGACACAAGUCUUCCUGGUUCUUCUGCCACCGACAGCACUUCGCCGUAUUCAGAGGCCGUACUGCUCUGCCAAGCACUGUAAGCCGAUUAACCUUACGGGGACCCGCAGCGCCACAAGCGAAAAGGCUGAACCUCGAUUCAAAAAAUUGUUUCUCGCAUCACAAGGCUGUAGAAAAUCACUUCAACCAUGGUCAUGACCCGAUAGCUUUGUCCCCUCCAUACAUUGGAGCUACCUUGAACACUCCCAGCAACAAUCGCGAACCUUCAAUUCAGAAAAUAUGGCACAUUCUCCUCCAAUCUCAUAAUCGAACGUCCCUACAACCUAACCUACGAGCUCCUCGACCGAAAACCUGGUCA